AUGCAGAUGAUAGGCCAGCUAUUUGGAGGUUCUCUUAGCGACAAUAUUGUUCGCUAUUUUGCAGCACCUAGGGAUGACCUUAGUUCAACAGAUGAUGAGUCAUUAGAAAGGGAAAAUUUAGCUAGAAGGUCGCGACGAUCGACAAGAAAUUCAAAUAGUAGGUCGACACGAGAACGUGUGUAUACUCGUGUUCCGGAUGGUCGUCAUGCUUUUUCUACUCGCAUCCAAUGUGCAAAAUUUUGUUUUAAUAGAGCUAUGCUUGAUCAGUUUAUCACUGUGAUAAUGAAUGAGUUACAAGUGGGUCCACCACCUGCCCCAGAAUCAGCCAUUGCAGACUUACCUACAAAUAUUUUGACUGAAGAACAAGCAUUAAAGUUGGGUAUUUGUUCAAUAUGCUUUGAUGAUUUCAAAGAAUCCGAAUCAGUAAUCAGACUACCAUGUGCUCACACCUACCAUCAAACUUGUGUUACAACAUGGUUAAAACAGCAUGGAACUUGUCCAGUUUGUCGAAAGGAUUUAUCCGGACGUGAUACUUCACGAUAUGAAGAUCCACCUCCAAACUUAACAGGAAAUAGUAAUGGUUCAAGCUCUUCCACUUCCUAG